AGUACAUACACCCAAACGAUCAGGGAUCCGUACUUCCUACCUAUACCAUAUACCAUCCGCGCACGCCAUGGCCAUCCACGAGUCGGGCCUGGGCAAGCUGCAAUGGCGGGUGUACAAGGAGACGAAGGAAGAAUGCCGGGAGCUCCUGGGCAAGAUGGUGCGCUGGGGCCUCGCGCGCGCGGGGAGGCGAAGGAGCUCGAGCGGCUGGGCGCGCGCGAGCGGGCGUGGGAGGGCGUCAGGGCGAGAGAGGAGCGGGAGGCGAGGAGGAAGGCGGUGGAGGAGAACGAGAGGCAGAGGAAGGAGCAGAAGGCAAGGCGUGCGGGCGGGACCCGAGAGCCAAGUGCUGCACGCCGGAGGGAAGCCUUCCACAAGAUUGAGCGGCGGUGGGUGUACCACGACGACGACGAGAUGGACGCCGAUGCGAGUGCGAUGGGAGCAGGAAGUGAAGGGUAUCCGCUACCGACCUUAAGUGCGUUCGUAGAUAACGCGAAGCCAGCUAAAGGAAAAGGGGCCGCGCACGAGUUCGAGAUCGUGGAGAGCCUGCCCAGGGUAAUCGCGCUAGAUGAGGAAGACGACGAUGGCAUUGAUGACUGGGAAGAGGUUGAAGUCGGACCAGAGAUGGAGACGCAGACGACGAUGAAGACGGGGCAAGUCCUGAGGAAAGCAGGGCAAAGACUGAAGUACUCCGACGCCCUGAGGAAUACAGAGGGUGGAUGAAGACAGCAGGCGCACUACCCAUGCAGUUUUUUCGAUGGAUAUGGUUUCUCACCCAACAGCUGUUGCGUGAAGCUGAUGCCAAUGGGUCGGACGCACCUCGAACCGGGAGCACGGAGGUAAUCCACAGUUUUGGAAGCUGGGAAGACCGCACUAGGGAUAUCUCGUCAGUGGUGGUGAAUGACAGGUAGAGGAUGUGGUCCCCCAGAAGUCCAGCGAGAGACCUUAUGGUUCCACGCCACCACGGUCC